AUGAGUAGCCACACUCGCCAGCUACCUGUUACCCCGAAGAUGCAGCAAAGGAAGGAGCGACGCAUGUUCUCCACUUCUGAUGACAGUGCCAUGACCAAGCAAGUUCAGGCCACACAUGCCCCUGAUGGCCGUGAAAUUGAUGUCAAACCCAUUCUACAAAUCGUGGAUGAAAUUCUGGUUCGGUUCAUUGCUCGCACUGUUGAGGGUUAUGAAGUGAAAAGAGACCAAGAUGCAUUGGAGAUGACUGCUGCUCUGGCUGAAUUUGACAUGCUUGACUCGCUGGCUUACAUCAUAAACAAAAUUUCCUGCGAGCUAUCAUGCAAGUGCUCGGGAGGUGGAGAUGCACAUUCAUCAACGAUGGUGUUACUGAAUUACAUGUCUAGCUAUGCUUGGCAUGCCAAAGUUGUGCUAACCUUAGCAGCCUUUGCUGUUAUUUUUGGAGAGUUUUGGCUUGUGGCUCAGUUGAGUACUGAAAAUACUCUUGCCAAGUCUGUUGCCCUCCUUAAGCAACUGCCCGAUGUUGCUGAGAAUUUCAUGUCCUUGAAACCCCAUUUUGAAGCACUCAUUAGGCUCGUGAAGGCUGCAUUGGAUGUAACCAUGUGCAUUGUUGAAUUCAAGGAGCUUCCAUCUGAAUACAUUUCAGAGGACACACCUCCUAUGUCUGUUGCCAGUACUCACAUUCCUAUUGCUUCCUAUUGGGUCAUCAGAAGUAUUGUGGCUUGUGCCUCACAAAUUGCUAGUCUCGUAGGCACGAGAAAUGAGUCCAUUUCAUCAACCACUGAGGCAUGGGAAUUAUCUAGUCUGGCUCACAAAGUUAGUAGUAUUUAUGAGCACCUCAAGAACCAACUGGUUCUUUGCUACCAAUAUAUUGAUGACAAGAGGCAUAUAGAGGCCUUCCAUAAUCUGAUACGACUUUUCGAGACAGUCCAUGUAGACAACAUGAAAAUUCUCAGAGCACUGAUAUAUGCAAAGGAUGAUAUCCUUCCACUCGUGGAUGGAACUACAAAAGCAAGGGUUAGUCUCGAGGUACUUAGGAGGAAACAUGUGUUGCUUCUCAUAUCAGAUCUUGAUCUUUCACAAGAAGAGAUCCUGGUACUUGAUAACUUGCACAAAGAUGCACGAGUGAGGGGUGACACAAACUAUGAGAUGGUGUGGAUCCCAAUUGUGGACAGAGCGAUCUGGAAUGAAAUGAACAAACAGAAGUUUGAGUAUUUGCAGUCAUUGAUGGCAUGGUACAGUGUCUGUGAUCCUUUCAUCAUUGAACCAUCAGCAGUUAAGUACAUCAAAGAAGUGUGGAAUUUCUCAAAGACUGCUAUUCUAGUGGCCCUUGAUCCACAAGGAAGAUUGUCCUCCCCUAAUGCUGUCCAUAUGAUAUGGAUUUGGGGCAAUUUGGCCUUCCCCUUCACAAGUGAGAAAGAAGAAUCCUUGUGGAAGCAAGAGAUUUGGAGCCUUGAGCUGCUUGUGGAUGGCAUUGAUCCAACAGUUUUAGAAUGGAUGACAGAGGGAAAACUCAUAUGUCUGUAUGGAGGUGAAGACCUGGAGUGGAUUGAGAAAUUCACUGCAACAGCAUUGAGUGUGGCAAAAGCUGGGAAGUUCGAGCUGGAGAUGGCGUACGUGGGAAAGAGCAACGCGAAGGAGCGGAUGCAGAAGAUGAUAAAAACCUUCAGCACAAAAAAGUUCAGUUACUUUUGGCCCAACGUGACGUCCAUUUGGUUCUUCUGGACCCGUUUGGAGAGCAUGCUGUACUCCAAGUUGCAGCAUGGAAAGACGGUGGAAAACGACGAGAUCAUGAGCGAAGUGAUGACUGUUCUGAGCUUCGACGGCAGUGAUCGAGGGUGGGCGAUUUUCUGCAGGGGCGCCACCGAAAUGGCCAGAGCCAAGGGUGACAGUGCUCUGGCAUGCUUGCAGAACUUCAACGAUUGGAGCCAUAGGAUUGAGGAAGAUGGUGUGGUGCAAGCCAUGAAAGAUUAUCUCAACAAAAACAAACCCCCACAUCACUGCAAUCGCUUGAUCCUUCCUGGGAGCACUGGUGGCAUACCCCAGAAGGUUGUGUGUGCUGAAUGUGGACGCCAAAUGGAAAAAUACUUCAUGUAUCGUUGUUGCGUUGAGUGA